CAAGGGGGCCGAAUACUUUCGCAAGGCACUGUGUAUAUAUACAUCAUCAUUGUCAAUGUCCUGUUUACUAUCCCCCCAGGAAAGAAGAAGUAUCUGAUCAUAAUAGUCUGCCUGACCCCAAUGUCAAUGUCCUGUUUACUAUCCCCCCAGGAAAGAAGAAGUAUCUGAUCACAAUAGUCUGCCUGACCCCAAUGUCAAUGUCCUGUUUACUAUCCCCCCAGGAAAGAAGAAGUAUCUGAUCAUAAUAGUCUGCCUGACCCCAAUGUCCUGUUUACUAUCCCCCCAGGAAAGAAGAAGUAUCUGAUCAUAAUAGUCUGCCUGACCUCAAUGUCCUGUUUACUAUCCCCCCAGGAAAGAAGAAGCGAGGGAGGGAGUUUGGUUCCUACUCUGGGGAGGUGAAGACAAAUGAAGGAGGAGUGGAGGACAAAGCCCCCCAGCCACCGGACAUGAACCCUGUGAUCAAUGCUACAACUGUCAGCACUGACAUGUCCCUUAUCAGUAGCUCACUGGCAGCCUUCAACUAUAUAGCAGACCACCCAGAGCGCGCGGCGCUCUACUUUGUGUGCGGUGUGUGCCUGGGCCUUCUCCUCACCCUGUUUGCUCUGGUGGUCCAGAUCUCGUGCCGCACCGACUGCCAGCCUCGCCGCCGCUGCCCCGGCACCACCACCAAGAACCGCCUGCGGCCCACCGACUCCUCAUCGGACUCCAGCGACUCAGACUCGGACUGGGAAACCACGUCGGAUCUAUCCGCGCGCCGUCACCGCCGCUUCGAGCGCACGCUCAACAUGAACGUGUUCACGUCUGCGGAAGAGCUGGAACGGGCACAGCGGCUGGAGGAGAGGGAGAGGAUCAUACGAGAGAUCUGGAUGAACGGUCAACCCGACAUACCCGGGACGCGUAGCCUCAACCGCUAUUAUUGAGGCAAGAACGUAAAUUAACCACUACUAGAUCUAGAUGAACCCGGGACGGGGAGCCUCAACUGCUUUUAUUGAGGACCGUAAAUGAACCGCUACUAGAUCUAGAAAGGGUGGAGUGCAGUACUUGAGAUGGGAUGUGUAGGACCACAAAAACACACUAGGGUUUGGGGAUGGGGGGAAGGGAACCCCCCACCGGACCUGGUUUUCGGAGGUGUGCAUGAUAACAGGACCACUUUGGACUGCGGGGGUUUGGAACCGCACGAUGGAACACAGUGACGCUUGCAGACCAGGAAGGAUAAAUAUCCCCCUCUGUCUGUCAGUCAGUCUGUGUCCGUGUAGGCACUGUAAAGCAAAAAAAAAAACUGUUAAUGCAGUGAGAAUAAGCUCCUACUUCUCAGCAUGGUAAGCUUGACCCGGAGCCUGCCUCUCAUUGGUGGAGGAUGAAGGUGAAAGGUCAGCUAACUGCACUGCCUCACAUUUUACCUCAUCGCACCCUCCUGAAGUGGAGGAUCUUGAGAUACUGAGACUGUGAAGCCUGAAAGGUCAAAGGUGACUUAAGGACAGUUGCCAAUGUUACUCCAGUGUUGCCUAGUAGAUAUUGAGAAUUGGGCAAAUAUGAAAGCGUGCAGCUUGCUUUAUGCUCACUCACACUCCAGUAUUCAAACGGUCGGCUUUAGAGAGGCGUAACACUUACAGUUAAAAGGACAUCGUGACACUCAAGUCAAACUUACAGUGUAACACUUACA